CAAACACGACAUGAUAUGUCAUAAGUAAAUUAAAGAAUUUAUGAUUACAUAAAAGAUAUAUAUCUAAAAAUACUGUGAAUAACUUUCUAUUUUAAAAAUAUUCAAAGUGACUUUGGGAAAUUAGCUGCUGGAAACGAGAAGAAUAAUGCUGCCAUCGAGACACGUUUUUGACUUGUUGCUUUUCGUGUUAGUAAUGGACAUCUCUGUUGCAAUACCUAGUCAAGAAGAAUAUGACUAUGAAGACGACGGACUGUUACAAAUGAUAUUGGAUCAUGUGAUUCUACAUCAAAUUCACCACACCACCGAAAUACACAUUGUUCAAACAAAAACAGUGAAAGUGCCGGAAAAUUGCUACAAAUUUUGUGCAAAGAAAAAGGAGGAACACAGUCAACACGUGUUAGAUUGCGUGGGAGAAUCCCAGAAAAUACAUCGAAGAAAUAAAAGAAAGAGACUCCGAAAGUUUUGCUUCAUGUGCCGUCAAAAGUGUGAUCAUGCAAACCUGAACAUUUACAUUUGAGCGUCCUGUCUGUCCUGGAAUUUUUGCACGAUUGUUUGGGACUACUUUCUGUUGUGGGUAGUCUGAAUCGUGGUUCAAAAAAAAAAAGAAUUUUCAUGGAUUUUUCAAAACAACUAAAUAAAGAACAGUUGAUAAUCUAGUUCUAGUAUGAUAAUUACUCAAGAUCUUUCUAUAUCAUAAUUUUAAAAGAAAUUUCUGUGUAUGAAAAAAUGCUAUUCGAGUUUGUGCUAAUAUGAAGUAGGCUACUGUUUUUAAUAGACUUCGUAGAAAAAUAGCAUUUGUCUGAAACUUCAAUACUGUUAAAAAGCGUCAGUCGUUAAAUGUUUAUAUAGUAUUUCGCCGUAACUUUAAUACCGUUGGGAGCGUCAGUUGGUAAACGUAUCGAUCAAUCAUCAUUUUUUCGUCAACACAAUCAAUAUAAAUAUAUAUAUCACGGAAAUAUGGUAAGAUAUGAAGUAAAUAAAAUAAAUAGAUAAAUAGGUAAAAAAAUGAUAAAAUAAAAAAUAAAAUAAGAUAUAUAUAAAAUAAAUAAAAAAGUACAUGAGUCGCGAGGUGCCUCGAAAGGUCUUCGAGCAGCGACACCUACGAUGCUGAUUCAGCUUAAUGAAAAAAUUCAGUUAACGCCUAUGCUUCUAAUUAUUAUUAUUUAUAAAACAUAAAAAACGAGUAACCAAAACAAAUGAAUAAUAUGUGUAUAUAACAAAUCUGAGAAACAUGAAAACCACCAAAUAGCUAUUACAAACUUUUCUGAAAGAAAACGUAUAUAUAUAUAAAGAAAUAAAUAUAAAUAACAUUUGUUCGUAAUUUCAAUAAUGUUGAUAAUUGAUUUCAUCGAAGGUUUCAGUUUGGGUUACAACGUGAGACUAACUCUAUUUGGUCUUGCUUUAAUAUGCUGACGGAUGUGUAGGCGUAUAAUAAUUCAAGACUGUUAUAGCAGGGCUAAAUUACACAUUAGGCAAGAUAGGCAGGUGCUUGGGGCACCAAGGAAAAGACGGCACCACCGAAAUUUUCAUAGCCGAGUUGAAAUGAAUUUUGCUUGUUUUCUUUCUCAGUUUAUCAUCUUAAACCUAUCUAUAAAUGUUUAUAGGCAUGAGAAAUAUUUUUGUAAAAUAUCUUGUAAAUUGAUCAUAAUUUGGCCUUUAAUCAGUGAUUUUCUUUCCCAGGUAGGUAUCACCUUAAACCUAUCUUUAAAUGUAUAUAGG